AUUGAUGUUUAAGCUAGAGAGACAGAACAACAAUUUAACGAGAAAAAAAGAAAGAAAACACUAUUUAAGCAAAUAUAUAUUUGUAGGGAGAGAGAGAGUGGGGCUUGGCUCGGAAAUGUAUUUGUGCUAUAUUUCUCCGAUGUAUUUCAAAGAGUCAGAAACCUUGCCUCUGCUAAUUACUUCCUCCAUUGAAAACUGAAACUGCAAAACAAAACCAUGUGCUAAAGCACAGAUGCUGCCCCUCAGGCCGUCCCUUCACAGGCUCCACCUUCCUUCUACGCAACCAUGUCUCCACCAUUGGAGCUCUGCGAUCCCUUCUCUCUGUACAGUCCAUCAAAAACGAACCACCCAACAAAAGAAAACCACCACCCAACCAGUUCAAUUCCACCAAUCAGAAAACGAACAACCCAAUUUGCACAAAACACACAAUGACACAUUCUCUUGCAACAUGAAGAUUGCAAGCCUUGCUCGCAACCAUGAAAUCAGACAAGCUCGUCGAGUAUUUGAUGCAAUGGUCAAAAGAGAUGUGGUUUCUUGGACCACCAUGAUGGCUGCCUACAUUAAAAACAAUGACCUUCCUAAAGCCCAAAAGCUAUUUGACGAAAUGCCUGAAAGAAAUGUAGUUGCAUGGACCGCCAUGCUCGAUGGUUAUGCAAAAGUUGGCAGGCUUGGCGAGGCCAAGAGAAUCUUUGAAACAAUGCCCCACAAAAACAUUUUCACUUGGACAAGCAUGAUUGGUGGGUGCACAAGAGCAGGCCUCAUGGAUGAAGCGCGUCGCCUUUUUAAUAUGAUGCCCAUGCACAAUCCUUUCUCGUGGACCAUAAUGCUCACAGGUUAUGUUCGUUGGGGUCGGCUUGAAGAGGCCCGACUCUUGUUUCAUGAAAUGCCUGAGCGUAACGUGGUGGCAUGGACUGUGAUGCUUUCUGGCUAUACACGAGAGGGACGUAUCGAAGAGGCUCGGCACCUCUUUGAUGUGAUGCCACAAAAGAAUGUUUAUUCUUGGAAUGUGAUGAUCUCAGGUUAUUUGCAUGUUGGGUGUGUUGACGAGGCUUGGAAACUUUACUGUGAAGCCCCAAGCAAGAAUGAGGUGACUCAUACUGCGAUGCUUGUUGGGCUUGCGGAGAAUGGCAUGUUAUGUGAAGCUCGUCGAGUCUUUGAUGCGAUGCCAAAACGUGAUGUCGCAGCAUGGAAUGCCAUGCUUAUGGCAUACUCCACUAAUGUUGAAGAGGCAUGUCGAGUCUUUGAGUCCAUGACACAACGGAAUCUUGUGUCAUGGAAUACCAUGAUUGAUGUGUAUGGAAAGCAUGGGCAUGGGUUUGAGGCUAUGGGUCUACUGGAUCGCAUGAGGCGUGAAAGCAAUGUGGAGCCUGACCACUGCACCCUCACGAGCAUGCUCCUUACAUGCUCAGGUGUGGUGCAUGUGAUGCAUAUCCAUGCGCUUGCUGUACAUCUAGGGUUCGACUCUGACAUUGGCUUCUGUAACGCCUUGAUAACAAAUUAUUCGAGGUACGGUGAUUUCGGUUCGGCUCGACAUGCCUUUGAGAUGCUUAGAGUUAGGGACCUUGUUUCAUGGACUGCGAUGGUCUUGGCAUGUGCUGAGCAUGGACUAGGGUGCUCUGCACUUCAGGUCUUUGCAAACAUUCUAAAGCAUGGAGAAACACCUGAUGGGGUCACAUUUGUGGGUGUGCUCACAGCUUGUAGCCGAGCUGGUCUCAUAGAGCAUGGAUGGUCGUGCUUUCAAGCAAUGGAGCGUGUGUAUAAUGUGAUCCCUAGGCCUGAGCAUUAUGCAUGUAUGGUGGACAUGCUGGGCAGGCUAGGUAAUCUGGAGGAAGGUGAGAGGCUUAUUGAGGAAAUGCCAUUUGAGCCUGAUGAGGUUGUGUAUGGUGCGUUACUUGGAGCAUGCAGGGUGCAUGGAGAUGUGGAGCGUGCAAGUCGUGUGGGUGCAAAGUUGCUCGAGGUCGAUCCUGGUAGUUCGGGGGCCUAUGUGUUGCUUGCAAAUGCGUAUGCAGCAGAGGGGAGGUGGGGUGAGGUUGCAGGGGUCAGAAGGUUGAUGAGAGACAAAAUAGUAAAAAAGCAGGGUGCAUAUAGUGAGAUAGAGGUGAGGAAUAGGGUGCAUACUUUCUUUGUGGGUGAUAGGGUCCACCCUCUGGCUAGGGAGAUAUAUGGCAUGUUGGAAGAGGGGCUAUUACCAAUGAUGAAGGAGAUGGGGUACAUGACCAAGAUGUCCAUGAGGUAGUGUGCACUUCAAUCUGGCAAAGGCUGCAUGAAUGGGCCUUGUAGUCCCCACUGAGCUGUUAAAAAAAACUUGUCCUUAUAAAAUUUUUUUUUUGCUUUUUAAAGAAAAGAGCCUAGGUUUAAUUGGUUAGUGACUUACCACAUUUUAAAGAAAAGAGCCCAGGCUUAAUUGGUUAGUGCUUGAUGAUUUGCAACACUACGGCCUAGGCUCAAUUCCUACAAAGGGUAGGAGCCCUCUCUCCAUUGAAUCACCCAAAAAAAAUAAAAGCUGCGUGGAUGCAAAGGAGAUAUGGAGAUCACUAAUGACCUUUUUGGGGAUGUCCAAAAGUUCCUAAGUGCCUGUUCGGUUCCAUGGAAAAACUUUCUUGAAAAUUCUGAGGAGAGGUAGAAUUAAGGGUUCAGGGAAGUGAGAAGCUAUGGAGUUUGUAGGAGAGAGAUGAUCGAGAUGAAGAAGAUUCAUUUCUGGGGAAUAAAUUCUUCCGAAGAGAGGGAGAAUUAAGGGUUCAAGGAAGAGAGAAGCCAUGGGUUUUGUAGGAGACAGAUGAUCGAGAUGAAGAAGAUUCAUUGGAGAAUAAAUUCCACCCACUUUUAAGAUAUUUACCAAAAAAGAGGUGAAAAUGGAGAUAGCAGGGAGAUUUUCUUCCAAUUUGGACAUCAGUGGAAAUCAUUGAAAAUGCCUCAUUUCCAGAUAAGGUUAUCCUGUAAAUUCAUAAUAUGAAGACCCAUGGGGCUGCCCUAAGUGGUAACAAUCAAGAUUCAUUGAAAUAACUAGUUAUGAUUUAUUUCGAAUCUUAUCCUCUAACAAAGAAAGGCUGAUGCCAUAAGUUUCCGACCUCACCAAGAA